CUCAAUUUCCUUGUUGACGAUCUCGUUGUCAAGGAAGAACAAUUAGUCAUUGUCAUCAUUUGGAGAGUGUCGUGCUAAUCGGUCUACAACGACUCCAUUGAACAAAUUACAUUUUGUUCAGUAUUUUAUUGAAGCCUAUACUCAUGGCUGCUUGGCCACGAUAUGGAUUCUUGCCUCGCACCGCUCGUGGCCUUUAAUUUACUCUUUUAUCUCUUCAGGUCUGCCGCUGCCUCCGAUUCCUUAACGCCUCAAAACCCAUAUCUCAGAGAUGGCAACAGUCUGGUCUCCAGUAAUGGAUUAUUCGAAUUGGGUUUUUUCAGUCCUGGCCUGCCCAGCAACCGUUACUUGGGAAUCUGGUACAAGGAUCGCCGAGGUCCGACCGCCGCUUGGGUCGCCAACAGGGGAACCCCUAUUAAUGACUCGUCUGGUGUACUGGCGAUGAACAUUACAACAGGUAAUCUCACACUCUACAGCCACAAUUCCUCCAUAAUUGCUUGGUCCGCAAGGUUACUGAGAAAAGUCCCCAAUGGGGUACUCCAACUAUUGGACACUGGAAAUCUUGUGCUGCGGAAUACCGACGAUGAAAACCCCCAAAACUACUCCUGGCAAAGCUUUGAUUACCCUUCUGACACCCUCUUGCCUGGAAUGAAGCUGGGUUGGGACUUGAAACAUAACAUAGAAAGAAGAUUAGACGCUUGGAGGAAUCCCAAUGACCCAUCUCCUGGGGAAUUCAAUUGGAGGAUGGAGCUUCAUGCAUAUCCCGAGACCGUCAUGUCCAAAGGUUCCCGGAAAUACGUCAGGCAUGGCCCAUGGAAUGGUGUGAGACUCUCUAGUAGACCCAUAGCCGCAACCCCACUUCUGAAUUUCAAUUUUGUUGCAAAUCAGGAUGAGGUUUACUAUCAAUACUCUCUUAUAAACAAGUCUCAUACAGUGAUGUUGGUGAUGAACCAAUCCGAUUACAAGCGCACCAUGUAUUUGUGGUCUGUAUCUGAGAGACGGUGGAGAGUUUACUCUUCAUUACCAAGAGAUACAUGUGACAAUUAUGCUAUGUGUGGUCCUUUUGGAUAUUGUGAUAUAAGGGUCCCUCCUUUUUGUAAAUGUCUUGAAGGGUUUAAGCCAAAAUCACCUGACAGUUGGAAGGCAGGCGAAUUCGCCGAUGGUUGUGAACGAAACAAAGUGAUGAAUUGUGGUGAUGAAAUUGGGUUUUCAAAGCUCAACCGUAUGAAAUUACCAGACACAACGCAUACUUGGGUCAAUAGAAGCAUGAACCUUGAAGAGUGCAAGCAAACAUGCUUGAGAAAUUGUUCUUGUAUGGCUUAUUCAAAUACAGAUAUCAGUCACGGUGGCAGUGGCUGUGCUUUGUGGAUUGGUGAUCUAAUUGACUUGAAAUUGAUCCCGGAGGCAGGAGGACAGGAUUUAUAUGUCAGAAUGCUAGCAUCUGAAUUAGUCAAGCUUAGGGAGUCACACAAAACAGAGAGAUUCAAUCUUACGGUGAAGAUUUCUUUGGCUGUGGUUGCCGCCGGUAGUUUGGCUAUACUUUUCAUAUGCAUAUACAUGUGCAAAAAGAGAUCAACCAUCAAAGAUGAUCAUGAGAACAUAGAAGCUCAAGACCUGGAGCUUCCCUUGUUUGAUCUAUCCUUGAUAAAUAGCGCCACAGAUAACUUCUCGGUCAGUAAUAAGCUAGGAGAAGGUGGCUUUGGGCCAGUUUAUAAGGGUAAGCUUACAAAUGGACAAGAGAUUGCAGUAAAGAGACUUUCACAGAGUUCUGGACAGGGAAUGGAUGAGUUUAAGAACGAAGUAAUCCUGUUCGCAAAACUUCAACAUCGAAAUCUUGUAAAACUUCUUGGUUGCUGCAUCGAAGGAGACGAGAAAAUGCUAGUUUAUGAGUUUAUGCCAAACAAAAGUUUGGACUUCUUUAUAUUUGAUAAAACACAACGUGAAUUAUUAGACUGGUCACAACGAUACCAUAUUAUUUGUGGCAUUGCUAGAGGACUCAUGUAUCUUCAUCAAGAUUCUAGAUUGAGGAUUAUACAUAGAGAUUUAAAACCAAGUAAUGUUUUACUUGAUAUGGAUAUGAAUCCAAAAAUCUCUGAUUUCGGUCUGGCUAAAACAUGCGGUGAAGAUCAAACCGAAGGAGAAACGAGAAGAGUGGUUGGAACUUAUGGAUAUAUGGCACCGGAAUAUGCAUUUGAUGGACAAUUCUCGGUAAAAUCUGAUGCAUUUAGCUAUGGCAUUUUGUUGUUGGAGAUCAUUAGUGGAAAAAGAAGUAGAGGUUUCUCUAACUUGAAUGACCAAAAUCUUGUUGCAUAUGCAUGGCGACUGUGGAAAGAAGGAAAUAUUGAAGAAUUAAUCGACGAUGCCAUUCGAGACACGUGCAUCCUUUCGGGGGUAUUCAGAUGCGUCAAUAUCAGUUUGUUGUGUGUUCAACAAGAGCCUAACGAUCGACCCACAAUGUCAUCAGUGGUUAUGAUGUUAGGGUGUGAAAUUCCGUUGUUGCAACCGAAGCCACCAGGAUUUUUCGUAGAAAAUGAAGACAUUGCAAUGAAAAGUGUGUCAAGUAAAGAUGAAUCAAUUUCAACGAAUGAAUUGACUAUUACGCUUCCAGAUCCGAGACACCCUCUUCUUUUUCUUCUUCUUCUUCAUAGUCGCUCCAUCGAUAUGGGCUCUUUAUCUCCACCAUUCCUGGUCUUUAACUUGGUCUUUUAUCUCUUCACCUCUGCCGUUGCCACUGAUUCCUUGACUGCUCAAAACCCAUAUCUCAGAGAUGGGUGUACUCUGGUCUCCAGAAAUGGAGUCUUCGAAUUGGGUUUCUUCACUCCUGGUGUUUCGGGCCAUCGCUAUUUGGGAAUUUGGUUUAAGAAUCGCCGAGGUCCGACCUCCGUUUGGGUGGCGAACAGGAAAGCCCCAAUUAAUGAUUCAUCUGGUGUACUGGUGAUGAAUCUUACAACAGGUAAUCUGGCGCUCAAUACCCACAAUUCCACCGCCGUUGUUUGGUCCGCAAGGUUACUGAGAAAAGUCCCCAAUGGGGUACUCCAACUAUUGGACACUGGAAAUCUUGUGCUGCGGAAUACCGACGAUGAAAAUCCCCAAAAUUACUCCUGGCAAAGCUUUGUUUCAAAUAAGGAUGAAGAUUACUACCAAUAUGCUGUUGUAAAUAAGUCUCAUACAGUGAUGGUGGUGAUGAACCAAUCCGAUUACAGCCGCGCCAUGUAUUUGUGGUCUGCAGCUGAGAGUCGGUGGACAGUUCACACUUCAUCACCAAGAGAUUUCUGUGACAAUUAUGCCAUGUGUGGCCCCUUUGGAUAUUGUGAUGUAACGGUAACUCCAUCUUGUAUAUGUAUUGAAGGGUUUAAGGCAAAAUCACCUGAUAGUUGGAAGGCAGGGGAAUUUGCGGAUGGUUGUGAACGAAUCAAAGUGAUGAAUUGUGGUGAUGAAGUUGGGUUUGCACCGCUCAACCAGAUGAAAUUACCAGACACAACGCAUGCUUGGGUGAACAAAAGCAUGAAUCUUGAAGAGUGCAAGCAACAAUGCUUGAGAAAUUGUUCUUGUAUGGCUUAUGCUAAUACAAAUAUCAGUGGCGGUGGCAGUGGCAGUGGCUGUGGCCUGUGGAUUGGUGAUCUAAUUGACUUGAAGUUGAUCCCGGAUGCAGGGCAGGAUUUAUAUAUCAGAAGGCUAGCAUCGGAUUUAGUCAAGCUUAGGGAGCCACGCAAAACUGGUGGAUUGAAUCCUAAGGUGAAGAUUGCUUUGGUUGUGAUUGCUGCCGGCUUAGGUUUGGCUAUCAUCUUCAUAUGCUUAUACAUUUUCAAAAAGAGAUCAACCUUCAAAGAUGAUCAUGAGAAAAUAGAAGGUGAAGACCUGGAGCUUCCCUUGUUUGAUCUAUCUUUGAUAAAUAGCGCCACAGAUAACUUCUCCCUUAGUAAUAAGCUUGGAGAAGGUGGCUUUGGGCCAGUUUAUAAGGGUAAGCUUGCAAAUGGACAAGAGAUUGCAGUAAAGAGACUUUCACAGAGUUCUGGACAGGGAGUGAAUGAGUUUAAGAACGAAGUAAUCCUUAUUGCAAAACUUCAACAUCGAAAUCUUGUAAAGCUUCUUGGUUGCUGCAUUCAAGGAGACGAGAAAAUGCUAGUUUAUGAGUAUAUGCCAAACAGAAGUUUGGACUUCUUUAUAUUUGAUCAAACACAACGUCAAUUAUUAGUCUGGCCACAACGAUACCAUAUUAUUUGUGGCGUUGCUAGAGGACUCAUGUAUCUUCAUCAAGAUUCUAGAUUGAGGAUUAUACAUAGAGAUUUAAAGCCAAGUAAUGUUUUACUUGAUAUGGAUAUGAAUCCAAAAAUCUCUGAUUUCGGACUGGCUAAAACUUGCGGUGAAGAUCAAACCGAAGGACGAACGAAAAGAGUCGUUGGAACUUACGGAUAUAUGGCGCCUGAAUACGCUUUUGAUGGACAAUUCUCGGUAAAAUCGGAUGCAUUUAGCUAUGGCAUUUUGUUGUUGGAGAUCAUUAGUGGAAAAAAAAGCAGAGGUUUCUGCCACUUGAAUGCCCAAAAUCUUAUUGCAUAUGCAUGGCGUUUGUGGAAAGAAGGGAAUCCCGAAGAGUUGAUCGACGAAGCCAUUCGAGAAACGUGCAUCAUUUCGGAGGUAUUGAGAUGUAUCAAUAUCAGUUUGUUGUGUAUUCAACAACGUCCUAACGAUCGACCGACAAUGUCAUCAGUCGUUAUGAUGUUAGGGUGUGAAAUUUGUUUGUCGCAACCGAAACAACCUGGCUUUUUUGUACAAAAUGAAGCUAUGGGAAUGAAAGGUGACUCGAGUAAAGAAAAAUCAACUUCAGCUAAUCAAAUUUCUAUUUCAUUCCCAGAUCCAAGGUAAGUUCUUGAUCAAUAUUUGCGAACCUUGCUUGAUCCAAGGCUAGAGUUUGUUUCUAUUUUAUGGAAAAGUUCCUUUGAUUUUCCCUUAAAAUAUUUAUUGUGUAAGUAAUAGGUGAUAUUUUCUGAUAUUUAAAAAUUGAUUGGAUAUAUUGUUUCAAAGUAUAAUUGGCAUAAACGGUUUUCCGACCCUCUGACAUGCA